GAUUAUUGAUUUUUUUUAAAUAUCAGUGUAAUAACAGCCCGGAUAAUCACCACUCAAGAAACUCACACAGGUUUUGAUUUAGAAAAAAAAAUAUCACUACUCUGUUACAAUAAUCCUUGACAUGGACUACAGAGAAAAAUAAUUUUGAAUGUCGGACAUCCAGAUAUAAGGUCAAUAACUAGGGGAAAACUGUCAAAACUCUCAGGUGAAAUGUAUAGACUGCUUUAUCACAGACAGGUUUUGCUUUAGCUGUGUACUAAGUAGCAGUGAAGGGUUUAUAGCAGAUAGCAAGAAAGAGGAAGUGAGCGUGGUUAAGUGAUAAAAGACGAUAUAUUCUCACUGCGCUCCUUACUUCACGAGAGUGAGCGCACCCAUUGAUGAGGACCAGUGAUGAAGUGCUGCACUUGCUGUGUACUGCUAAUCUUGUCUGCUGUGCUCUGUGCUCAAUCCAGAGUCAAAGGCUCUUCAGUGGACACUUUUAAUAUGAAGAUCAGCCACACAUCACAUAGCAUAAAUUUGUCUUGGGAGUGGCCAGAUAAGCGAAAAAGCAAGCUGUGUUACAGAACCCACGUGCAGUACAGGAGCCACUGUGAGACUUCCUGGAAGAAUUAUACUGACAUUUCAGGGUUCUCCUUCGAGCUGCCUGCUCCAGAUAUGAAAAAGAAUUAUGCUUUCAGACUAAGGAUGAGGCUAGGAUGUACCCAAAAGAACUGGGGAGAAUGGAGUCCCAUAAAAUACUGGAAGAAUGACACAGCACCCUGCAUGACAGAUACCUCCUCAUUUACUGUAAAGGAUUAUCUGUUGAUAACGAUGCUGCCCCUGGUGGGUUUCAUGCUUGUCUAUGCAAUAACACAUGAUCGAUCCAAAGCAUACCCAAGAGAGAAUUUUAAACAUUGAACAGAUUCAGUGGUGGAGCAACUUUGCACAAACAUGUGAAGACUGCAAGGUAUCAGAAAUAAAGAUCUAUGACAGGGAGGAGGAGAAGACUGAAAUCACUAUCAUCAAGUGUGAUCUUGAUGAACAGCCCCUUCACAGUCAUCCUACUCACUCAGUUCCUGGAAAGCAUGGCUUUGACCUUGCCACAAAUAACAGCAUGUAUUGCAUUUACUCUUCUGAUACAUCUGAGGACAACAUUGUUGCACAGUGUCCAGCUACCAGACCAGGCUACAUCAUUAUUUAAAUAUUGACUUAGCUUAUUUAAGCAUGGAUUAGGGAAAGAAAGAGUGAACAAGUGUGCUGCUAUGCUACUGUGCGAUUGUCUUAAGUUUGUUUACCUAUUAAAUACUAUAUAGAUA